ACGAGCUGCAUAAACGCUUUCGCCUGGCAUCGACCCUGUGGCCCCCGUUCCCUUUGGAGAAAACUCCGAACAGAGCAAAAGUUGGACGAAUUCGUCAUUCGAUUUUAUCCGAGGAGAAAAUCGUGUUUUAAAAGUUUCAAGCGGAAGCAAAAACGCUUAUAUUUUGUCGCGGAAGUGCUGCGCAUUGCGCGUGUGAUAUUUACACCACCCGGAACUGGUUGGUAGUGGCCAGAAAUCGCAGUGGAAGUCGGUUCAGCUUAGGACUGCAAUUUCUCCCUCUGCAGCAUAGUAGUGCGUGGAGUGUUGGAAGAAAGAAGAUUAGGACAGCUGACAAGAAGAAGCUCAAGUGAAGCGAGGACAAAAAAAACUUGUCUGUGGUGUAAUCUAAGCCGCGUAAUUUGCUUUUAAUAUAAAUCAGCUGAACACCCGUGAAGUGAGUGAGAUCGUGCCUUAAAAGGCACUUUUGAAGACUGUUUAAAGUUUUACGAAUCGAGAAAACUAGCCUAUCAAAUUAUUGACCCUAGCCUAGCAGAAAGGAAGACAAAACCCAUUCGAACGCUGGUAGUAAUAUGAGUAAUGCUAUUAACCAAAAUGGUACAGGUCUAGAGCAGCAGUUUGCUGGUCUGGACUUGCAGCAGCAGCAGCAGCUGAGCAAGCAAGAUUCUGGAAAUUUUAAAUCUUCGGCUGCCCGUUACGUUCCACCCCAGCUGAGAAGCGGCCGUGGCAGUGGAGGAGGUGGUGGUAGCGGUAGCGGCUCCGAGAGUGACCCGUGGCCCAAUAAUCGCGGAGGUGGCCGUGGAGGCUACGAUCGUGGUGGUCGUGGAGACGAUUUUUCUGGAGGCUCGUCAAGAUAUUCGGAUCGCGAUCGUGGAGAUUCCUAUAAUAACCGAGGUGGAGAUUUUAAUCGUCGAGGAGGAGGAGGAGGUGGAAGGUUCCAAAACGAUCGCAGGGAUAAUUACAACCGCGGCGGCGGUUUCAACAAUCGUAGCGGCGGAGGCCCUGAACAGCAGCCUCCACCAACAUUUGAGCAAAAUGGCGAAGAACCUCGUGACGGUCAACCUGUCGAUCGUACUGAACAUAGAGGUGGGGGUAACUGGAAUAACGGUUCUCGUGGCGGUCGCGGGGGAGAUUAUCAUGAUAAGCCAGUGGAUAGUCGUCCACCACAGAAUGACCGUUGGCAAGAGCCACCCUCUAACGGAGGAUCGAUGGACAUUAAAGAAGGAGUAUACAAUUCCGGAGGUGGAGCCGGUGGUUACGGAGGCAAUCGUGGCGGAAAAGAAGGAGGUAUGGGAGGACGCUGGAACGAGCGCGGAAGAGGAGAUAUCGAUUACACGCAGCUCACCGUUCGCGACGAACGCCUGGAAGCCGAGCUCUUCAAACACGGUAAUACCGGUAUCAAUUUCAGCAAGUACGAAGAUAUUCCCGUGGAGGCGACGGGAGACGAAGUUCCGCCGCACAUCUCGACUUUCCUUGAUAUCGAGCUGACAGAGAUUAUAGAUAACAACAUAAAAUUAGCGCAUUACGAUGUACCGACACCGGUUCAAAAGUAUGCCAUCCCAAUUAUUAUGAGCGGACGCGAUUUAAUGGCAUGUGCCCAAACUGGUUCCGGCAAAACAGCCGCCUUUUUAGUACCGAUUCUCAAUCAAAUGUACAAGCACGGAGUUAGCCCGCCACCACAAAAUCGUCCUUUUAAUCGUCGUAAACAGUAUCCACUUGGUUUGGUAUUGGCCCCAACUCGCGAAUUGGCCACCCAAAUUUUUGAAGAGUCUAAAAAGUUCUGCUACCGUUCUCGUAUGCGUCCAGCCGUUCUAUAUGGCGGUAACAAUACCCAAGAGCAAAUGCGUGAACUGGACCGCGGUUGCCAUUUGAUUGUGGCUACUCCCGGACGUUUAGAAGAUAUGAUUAUGCGGGGCAAAGUAGGAUUGGAUAAUAUUCGUUUCCUUGUACUAGACGAGGCCGAUCGUAUGCUGGACAUGGGAUUCGAGCCACAAAUUCGUCGAAUUGUAGAAGACAGCAAGAUGCCUGCAACUGGAGAGCGCCAAACUCUUAUGUUCUCCGCUACGUUUCCGAAGGCAAUCCAGGAGCUUGCUAGUGAUUUCCUUCACAAUUAUAUUUUCUUAGCUGUUGGUCGUGUCGGAUCUACAUCGGUCAAUAUCACCCAAUCGAUCUUCUGGGUGGAUGAAAAUGACAAGCGUUCGCAUCUGUUAGAUCUACUGUCGAACAUCAAAGCUCAUAACGAGGGUGAUGAAAAAGACUGUUUGACGCUCAUUUUCGUCGAAACGAAAAAAUCGGCAGAUUCAUUGGAGGAUUUCUUGUACAACUACAAUCAUCCGGUCACUAGCAUUCACGGUGAUCGUACCCAGAAGGAACGAGAGGAAGCUCUAAAAUGCUUCCGUUCUGGACGUUGCCCGGUUUUGGUCGCUACUGCUGUUGCCGCUCGUGGUUUGGACAUACCGAAUGUGAAGCAUGUUAUCAACUUCGAUCUGCCGGCAGAAGUCGAAGAAUACGUGCACCGCAUCGGUCGAACUGGUCGUAUGGGAAAUCUUGGAACAGCAACCAGCUUUUUCAACGAGAAGAACCGCAACGUAGCAAAUGGACUAGUUCGAUUGUUACAGGAAACACAGCAGGAAAUUCCGUCAUUUUUGGAAGAUAUGACCACCGAUCGUUCUUGGGGUAGCCGAGGUCGUGGGGGCGGACGUAACCAACGCUACGGUGGAACAACAUCCACCUUCGGCUCCCGGGAUUAUCGUCAACAAAAUAAUUCUCGCAACAAUAACCGUGAUCAGCGCAGCGGCGGAGGCAGCGGUGGCCGCGGCAAUUACGGUGGAGGAAACUACGGCCGUGACGAUGGAGGCUACUUCCGUAACGGGGGCAGCAGUGGAAGCGGCGGUGGUGGUGGUGGUAGCUAUGGUGGAAGCUAUGGUGGAAGCUACAACAAUAACAGCAACUCCGGCCACGAUUGGUGGAACGAGUAAGCGAUCAGGUUCCACGCAAAGGAACCCGCCUGCAGAACAUUUCCAGACUAUCUAUGGAAACUUUGAAAGAGAUGCACAUUACACGAAACCAAUCAACACAGCUAUGAAGCAAGCAAAAGAAAAAUAAUAGUUUUGUUUAUAUGAGAAUAGAUGAAUAUAUCUAAACGGCAAAUAAUUUCAUCAGAAAUAAUUAAAGUACCGUUCCGUAACUUUUAACAUUCAAUACAAUGAAAAACAAAGGGUUUAAACAAUCGUAAAAAUCUUUGUUAAAUACCAGAAACUUAGCAAAAUUCCUAAUUUAUCAAAUUAUAUGCAUUUUAAAACACCUUGCAGGCCCGCUUAGGAAUUCAGAAUAAUGAAUAAAUAUAAAACAGUGAAUUUAAUAGCCACCUCUAAACUCACAUGGAUAUACCCAGCAGAAGAAAGAAACAUAAUCAUAUAAGUGAAGAGAACACAACAGUAAAAAAAAAAUCGUGAACUAUGUCUAUCAAAAAUCGACCUGAAAGGAAACUUUCGUGGAUAUUCUGCCGAUCGCUUCUUUCUACACCGGUUAGCCGCAGUCAACAGGCCCAGUCAGCAGUGACACGUUUUGGAAGCAGAAGAACUAUAUCGCGGUGAUAUACAAUUUGAUGUACUAGUAAACACAAGAAGUGAUAGCGCAGAUUGGAAAGGACUGUUUUGAAUCGUCAAACGUAGCAAUCGCAACCAAUGUGAAAAGAUGAAUUUUAAACAAGUGAUAAGACAGACAAACAAAAAGCAUACAAAAAAUUGCACUUUCUCAAUAUGUACUAAGUUCCGUACAGAAACCAACAACCGAUUGUGACAAAUUAUCUUCAAUAAUAGCAGCAACAGAACAUACAACAAUAGAUAAUUCGAUGCAAAACGGAA